UCGUUACUAGAUGGUCACUCCUUUCUCCUUUGUUCCUUGCUUUCAAAAAUCGUUUUUCACUCACUUAGUCACAUAUGGAGCUUUCACUUUCUUCUCAUCCUCUCUUCAACUCUUCUUCAUUAUUCAAUUCAAGAUUCAAGAUUUCACAAACCCCUCUUUUCUCCACAAAUAUUCAUCACCAAAAAUUACAACUUUUGAGUGGAACACACCAUAAACUAACUGCUUCAAUGGAACCUCAAACAACUAUUCCUCAUGCUUUUGAUAAUGGGUCUUCAUCUCAAACAGGUCGAAUGGGGGAGGUGAAGAGGGCUACGAAGGAGACGAAUGUGCAUGUGAAGAUAAACUUGGAUGGAACAGGUGUUGCGGAGAAUAAUACUGGGAUCCCAUUUCUUGAUCACAUGUUGGAUCAACUUGCUUCACAUGGAUUGUUCGACGUGCAUGUGAAGGCUACUGGGGACAUUCACAUUGAUGAUCACCACACAAAUGAAGAUGUUGCACUUGCCAUUGGAACUGCAUUGUUGCAAGCACUUGGCGAUAGAAAGGGAAUCAAUCGCUUUGGUGACUUUUCAGCUCCAUUAGAUGAAGCACUGAUUCAUGUUUCACUGGAUUUAUCAGGAAGGCCAUAUUUGGGUUACGAUUUACAAAUACCUACUCAGAGAGUUGGAACUUAUGACACUCAGUUGGUGGAACACUUCUUUCAGUCUUUGGUCAACACUUCUGGAAUGACACUCCAUAUUCGACAGCUCGCAGGAAAAAAUUCUCAUCACAUCAUUGAGGCAACUUUCAAGGCGUUUGCUAGAGCUCUUCGACAAGCAACUGAAUAUGACUUGCGUCGUGGUGGAACUAUACCCAGCUCAAAAGGGGUUUUGUCUCGAUCAUAAAAUAUACCGCAAAGAUUCAGAUUCUUGAGCAAAGGUGUGAACUUUGGUAUUUCAGUACUGACAUAUACAAAUGAGUUAUUUUUAUGGAUAAUCCCUCUGAAAUAUCAGUGGAGAAUGGUUUCUACUUAUUUCUAUUUGUCCCUUGCAGUAGUUUACUGCACUGCUAUUCUGCAAUGUAUAUCGUGAUUAUUGAAGCUCUGUAGUUGAAGAAGGUGGAUCAAAAUACAUCAAUUGCUUCUCUAGCUCUUUCAAGAAAUUUGAUAUCCACGAAUGCUACAAGAUGAAUGGAAUAUUGGCAUCUACUUUCAGUAUUUCAGUUUUCAUGUUUGAAAUGUUGGGAGGUUUUACUGGUGAUGGAGGCCUUUGGCUUUUCAUUUGGUUGUAAACUUUUUAUUAAUAACCAGUGGUCAUUUGUACGUUUUGUGA